UUUGACUCUCUUUUCAAAGUCCUUUUCAUCUUUCCCUCGCGGUACUUGUUCGCUAUCGGUCUCUCGCCUGUAUUUAGCCUUGGACGGAGUCUACCGCCCGAUUUGGGCUGCAUUCCCAAACAACCCGACUCGUUGACGGCGCCUCGUGGGGCGACAGGGUCCGGGCCGGAUGGGGCUCUCACCCUCCCAGGCGCCCCUUUCCAGGGGACUUGGGCCCGGUCCGUCGCUGAGGACGCCUCUCCAGACUAUAAUUCGGACGGCACAGACGCCCGAUUCUCAAGCUGGGCUGCUCCCGGUUCGCUCGCCGUUACUAGGGGAAUCCUUGUAAGUUUCUUCUCCUCCGCUUAUUUAUAUGCUUAAACUCAGCGGGUAGUCCCGCCUGACCUGGGGUCGCGGUCGAAGCGACGUGCGCUUCGUUUGCUGGGUCGUUCUGAGGCCAUAAUGUCGGCUGCGCGUCGGAUGCACUGCGUUGAUAAAGCGAGGACGCCCACCAUGCGCUGUGUCCGGCGCGGUACACCGGCAGCCCGAUCUUCGGUCCACCGCCCCUUGCGAGACGAGGGACCAGA